AUGGGUGAUGACAUAUUGACAUUAUUCGAUGCUCUGGGCAUUGCUGGCAAAUAUAAAUUCUGUAUCGGUGCACCAGGUGCGUCCGAUCUGAAGAAGGUGGCCGAGCUCAUGGAGAGCAUUUCGGCAAAGAGAAUGAAUGAGGAGAAGAGCUCAGCUGGUGCUAGCUUGCUGCAGUACGGUGCUCCGUUGGGUGAUCCACGAUCGCUUCAUGCCCUUGCUAAUUUUCUUACCUCUGAAUAUGGAAUGGCCGUUUCGGAAUCGCAUUUGACGUACACGUCGGGUGCAACUGCGGGGUUUCUUCAUCUCAUAACGCAGUUAUUUCCAAAUAAGUGUGAUGUCUACGCCGAAGGACUCACGUACCACGUGGCACUACAGAUGCUCAGACUGCUGAAUUUCAACAUAAAAUCAGUACCUAUUGAAGUGGACGGCAUGAAUUUGGAAAAACUAGAACAAAUUUGGUCGAAGGACCUCAAAGAAAUGACUUUGGAAGAGCAGUCAAAGUUGCCCUAUCAAGCCAUGCUUUACACUAUUCCAACAUUCCAAAAUCCGACUGGCACAGUUCUUUCACCAGAGAAAUGCGAUCGACUCGUAAAGUUGGCACGUAAAUAUCAUGUUCUCGUACUGAGUGAAGAUGUUUAUAAUAUCUUCUAUUAUGACGGCAGUGGAGCACCGCCAAAACGUCUGUUCGCUUAUGAUAAUGAAACUGAUCCGGAUUAUGGUAUUGGACACGUGGUUAGUAAUUGCACAUUUUCGAAACUGCUCUCGCCCGGGCUACGACUUGGUUGGCAAGAAUUGCCAGUUCUCUUACGAGAAAAAUACUACGAAAAAAGUCCAAAAGUUUAUAAAACCUGUGACUUAAGUCCUAUCAUAAUAUCGAGUGGAGGAUUGAAUCCAGUUAUUGGCGGGUGUGUUACGCUUGCUUUAGAAGAUGGAAGUGCAUCGAAGUUCAUCGAUGGGGUUCGACGGGAACAUGCUAGAAAGAUGCAGGUAACAGUCGAUACAUUAAAUACAAAAUUACCAUCCGGUUGCAAAUUAUACUAUCCAUCUAAGGGCGGAUACUUCUGCUACGUUCAGAUACCCGAACGGCUGAAUGCGGUGGACUUCGUAAAAUACGUGAAAGAGAAAUAUAGUGUCAUUCUACCGGAAGGUGUCAAGUUCGCUUCUAGUUCUGAGGAUUACGUGAAGGAAAUGUCGAACGGUUUUCGCAUUUCAAUUCCUUAUCCAACAUUCGAUGAAGUACGUGACGGGAUAAAUCAUAUUUGUGUUGCGUUGCAUGAAUGUCUGCAAAAAUGA